AUGUGCCCACAGCACCACCGCUUUCACAGCCCUCCCCCGCUUCCUUCCUCUUACUUCGGCUCAGCUGCCUAUACAGUCGCUGAGUCGCAACAGCAACAGCAGCAGCAACAGCUCCAGCAGAAGCAGCAGCUGCUGCUGCAGAAGCAGCAGCUGCUGCUGCAGCAGCAGCAGCUGCUGCAUCAGCAGCGGCAGCAGAGGUUUCCCUCCAGCGUUUCAUCUUCUUUACCUCCUUCUAAAUCUCUUAUUUCGGGUAUUAACACCGAGGGGCCCCUCCACGAGACUGCUGCAUCCAUCAGCAGUUUACUUACAAACAAAGAAGAAAGAGAGGCAACAACUGAAGAAGAAAGAAGAAAUAGAGAAGCUGCUCUCUUAUCUUCUUCUUCUCUUUGGAGCUCCACUCUGCUGUACCCAUCAACAAAACCAGACAGCAAGGCGCUGCACUCGGGGCCUCAGGGCCCCGUCCCCCUUCUGCCUGCUGCACCACUCAGCAGCAGCAGCAGCAGCAGCAGCAGCAGCGGAUGGAAGGGCCUCUCUUCCAGCAGCAGCUUCCUCCCUACCGUAUCAACAGCAGCAAGCCUUUGCACUCAGCAGGAACUGGAUCUGCAGCAGCAGCAGCUUUUGCUGCAGCAGCAGCAGCAGCAGCAGCAGCUUCCUCUUUCCUCCUUUUCUCGUAAGCCCCUCAGUGGUGUUUCGUCAGGGUUGAGGGGCCCCUCUCCCUUUCGUUCUGUACAUACAUCAGGGGCCCCUGCUGCUGCAUCUGCUGCAGCUUUAAAACCCUCAUUGUCUUCUUCUUUUUCUUCUUCUUCGCUUCUAGACAGCAGCAGCAACAGAGGUAACGGGGGCCCCCAGAAGAAGCGCUUGUCUUUCUCUUAUUCUCAAGACAGCAAUAAAUUACCUUUUAAGCUGUACGUACACCGAAACAAACACACCACCCCCAGCAGCAGCAGCAGCAGCAGCAGCAGCAGCAGCAGCGGGGUUGGCGGUCUCUCCUCGUCUAUACCCUGGAGGAAGACAGAGACGCUGAGCAGCAGCAGCAGAGCAAGGGGGGCCCUCACUUCUUCUUUAUUAGAGCGCUCAGAGGGCCCCUCUGCUGCUGCUGGGGGCCCCUUAACCUCGUCUCACCGUCUUUACUCACCUUAUUUAGAAACCCCGAACGCUGUUGCAGGAGCUUCCUCUCUAUAUGCAGCAGCAGAUACAACAACAACAGCAACAGCAGCAGCAGCAGCAGCAGAUGCUGCUGCUGCUGCUGCUGCACCUUUGUUAAAGCCUUUAGGGCCCCCCUCUUCGUCUUUUGCCUUAGAACCUUCGUCUUCUACUUCUGCGGGGCCCUCUUCUUCAUCCUUUUCGUCUUUUUCGUCUUUUUCAUCUCUUUCACCUCCGCAUUUCUCUGAUUUUGCUUCUUUAGGUCCAAUUAUUAAACCCCCCGAGGGCCGCUCAGCUGCAGCUUCUUCUUCACAAAUUCUCAGCUCUUCAUCUUCUUUAAUAACCCCUUUGUCUUCAUCUCCUUUAACAACUCAUUUGUCUUCAUCUUCUUCUUUAGCAGCUCCUACCUCUUAUUCGUUUGAAGCGCAGGGGAGGCCUCUUCUCUCGUCUGCAUCUCCUCAGAAGCAUUUACGUUGGUCACCGCAACAGCAGCAGCAGCAGCAGCAGCAACGGCAACAGGUGCAGCAGCAGCUGCUGCUGAAGCAGCAGCAGCAGCAACGGCAUCAGUUGCAGCAGCAGCAGCAGCAACUGCUGCAGUCUCAGUUGCAGCUGCAGCUGGCCGAUGAGGUGUAUCGACAGGGAAAACAUUUUCACUCGCCUUUUGAAUUUAACUCUUCUGCUGCUUCUUCAUAUUCAGCACUGCAUCCACAAGGAGGCCUCAGUUCUGCUGCUGCUGCUGCUGCUGCUGCUGCUGUUCCUGCUGCUGCUGCUGGUUUUGGGGUAGAGAGAGAGAAGCAGUUAUUCGCUUUGUCUUCUGCUGCUGCUGCUGCUGCUGCUGCUGCAUGCAAUUCAAGCGAUCCAACUCCAAUUCGCCCCCUUCCACGUUUGCUGCAGCUGCAGCAGCAGCAGGAGCAGCAGCAACAGCAACAGCAGCAGCAGGAAGAAGAGUGUGAGAAAGAAACAUCUUCUGCUGCUUUAUUUUCUUCAUUAGGCGAUGGUUUGGGGUGUACGUCCAGCGUAUUAUUUUCUCGGGGGUAUUCGUUCGCAGAUUAUUUAGUAGAGUUGUUUUCAGAUGCAACAAAAAUAUCCUCAAAAGAAGUCUUGCCUUGUGUUCUUACCCUGGCCUCUGCUGCUCAGGGCCUUCCUUCAUUGGCUUGGUGCUGCGCAGCAGCAGCAGCAGCAGCACGAAAAACAGCAGCAGCAGCAACACCAGCAGAAGCAGAAGCAGAAGCAGCAGCAGCAGCAGCAGCAGCAGAGGUGCAGCAGGAAACAGCAUAUACACCAGGGGGCCCUUCGCCUUCUUCUAAUCAACUCUGUCUGAAGGAUCGCGCGUUGCUGCUUCUCUUAAAUACUUUCUUCAGUACAUACACCUUAAAGUCAGCUCAACUCAAGCCCAGCAGCAAACAACACAACCCCUACAAACCAAAACACCGAGCAGCAGCUGCAGCAGCAGCAACAACAGCAGCAGCAGCAGCAGCAGAGGAAGAAGAAGAAGAAGAAGAAGAAGAAGAAGACACAGGGCCUUCUGUAGUCGUGCUGCAUCUCUCAGCUCGACAGAACAGCAAACAAGUUUGUGUGCAGCUGCAGCGGAGACCCAACGCCAACCUCCAUUCUGCUGCUGCUGCUGCUGCUGCUGCUGCUCCUGCUGCAGCAGCAGCAGAAGCAACUGAAGGUAAUGAAGAUGAUAGAAAGAUGCAGCGAACAAAACGAAUUUCUCUCGCUGCCUGCAGCUCCCUCGCCCUCGCCAUCUCCGCCCUUGAGGGCAUUGGCUCUGAUGCUGCUGCUGCUGCUCCUGCUGUUGCUGCUGCUGCUCCUGCUGUUGCUGCUCCUGCUGCUGCUGGGCGUCAUCUGUGUUAUUCUCCGCUGCUGCGUUGGCUGUGGCGCGAAAUUGAAGAGCGAAGAGACGAAGCGAUGCCCUUCGAUGUUUCUUCUCUCUUACUUGCAAGGACAGCUUCCUGCAGCAGCUGCAGCAGCAGCUGCAGCAGCAGCACCAACAGCGGCAGCAGCAGCAGCAUGAGCAGCAGCAGCAGCAGCAGGAGUGGAGAUUUGCUGCUGCUGCUGCCUCCACGUGAAGGGCUUCGUCAAUGGCUGCACUGCUGCAGCCCGGAUAUAUCUGCGUUGCUGCUGCUGUCUCUUGCAUCUUUGUCUUCUUCUUUUUCGUGUGUCUGUUCACCUGCUGAUUCUUCUUCUUUGUGUUUAUCUUCAUCUUCUUCUUCACUCUCCUCUUGCUGCUCUUCUGCAAAGCUGAAGGCCUUCACCCUCUCGCUGCUGCAUGCAACAGCCCCGCUGCUGCUGCAGUGUUCUGCUGUUGGUGUUGCUGCUUGGUGGCGGUCGUUUGCUUCCAUUCAAACUUCUUUUACUUCCUUUCAUACGUUGCUGCUGCCAGCAGCAGCAGCAGCACUUUGCUGCUGCAUCGAUGAUAUCCCUCUAGGCGCGCCCCUCACAGACAUCGUCUGGGCAGCCACAGCAACAGGGGCCUUUAGCCUUCAGCAUACAACAACAACAACCAGCAGCAGCAGCAGCAGCAGCAGCAGCAGCAGGCUGUGUGAGUUGCUGCCUCGAGCUGCCCGUGCAGUGCUGCACCACUUGGAGGCAUUCAAAGUAGAAGAAAUUUGCCUUAUCGCUUGCUGCUGCGCUCUCUAUGCAAAAGGGUAUCCAGGGGCCACACCCAGCAGCAGCAGCAGCAGCAGCAGCAGCAGCAGCAGCAGAGAGUGGAGUUAUGGGGGCGUGAGAGUGCCUCUAGAGUUUAAACAAGGAGUAGAAGAUCUGAAGGCUUAUUGUCUUCUCGCUGCAGCCAAACUCGCAGACACAGGACCCACUUUGCUGCUCGGCGAAGCAGACAGCAGCAGCAGCAGCAGCAACAGCAGCAACAGCAGCAGCGGCGUUAAUGAACAAAACAAAGAUGAGUCUCUUGCUGCAACUCCACAAAAAUACAAACAACGCAAAGGAGCCGCUAACAGACAAACAGAAACAGAGAGAGAGACAAAGACAGAGAAGCAAAUACAAAUAGAAACAGAAGUCUUAGCACGCGAGCUGCUGAGGGUUUUGCUGCUUCGGUUUAACCCCGAGGCAUUCUCUUCGAAGGCUAAUCGGCUUUGUCGUUUUGCACAAUAUCUCCUCCACACAAAUCCAUAUCCUAAUCAGCAGCUUAAGCUGCAGCAACGCAUGCAUGCAAACAGCAGCAGCAGUUUGGGUGGAUUGUUCGUUGACGACACUGCAGCAUCUGCUGCAGCAGCAGCAGCAGGUGCUGCUGCUGCUGCUGGUUCGCUCUCAUUAGGCGACUUAAUGGAGGAAGGGGGCUCAGGUAGCUCCACCAGAGAAUCAACAGAAGCAGCAACAACAGCAGCAGCAGCAGCAGCAGAGUCAGAAGCAGCAGCAGCUGCUGCUGGUCGUGGAUGGGGUUUUAAUUUGUGGGGUUUGUUCAAAUCCAACGCCGGCGGCGUAAUUCAAAGGAGGCGAAAAUUAACGACCUCAACUGCAGCAGCAGAAUCAGCAGCAGCAGCAGCAGCAGCAGCAGCAGCAGCAGCAGAAGGGGAAAGAGAGAAGAUGAGUAGCAAGGAGAAAAACAAAGAGGACCGCAGGGCGUUUGUCUCGCCUAAAGAAGAAGAAGGAGAGACAAACAGCAGACAAAACACCAGCAAAACAAACAACAAACAAAACAACAAACAAAACGAAGAAGAAAAAAACAAGCAAAACAGAAAAGAAAGAAUACGACAAAGGCUGUGGCCGUGGGCCUCCGCUGGAGAGGGGAGUAGAAUAGAUGUAGUCGAGAGUGAAGAAGAAGACGAAGAAGAAGAAAAAGAAAAAGAAGAAGAAGUAAUAUCAUUGACAGAACAUUCAGGUUUUGUUUUUAUUAUUUUGUUUUCUUUUGUAUUCUCUUUUGAGUCUUAA